GGACCAGAGCGCAUACGCGUCAGCGUCUUGAAUCUGAAGCCAAGCAAGCGGCGCCCAAACAAGCGGCCCGCCGCAGUUCUGCUCUUAGAAAUGAUACGGUAUUGGCUGAUAAAAAGCGUCUUGCUAUGCCUCUCUUCAUGCUCGGCGCAUUCACUCACCCACCCACUCACUCAGUCGCCAGCUAGAGCCGUUGAAAGAUGAGCAGGGCUCUUUGCAUUGUUGUGUUUUGAGUUUGUUGCUUGGAUUAAAGUAUCUCUGUCCUGUCGUUUCCAAGCAACGCCAGUGAGUCUAGAAAUCGCCAACAAUGUACACUAGGUAAAAAGCACCAACAGCAGAGCGCGUCUCCACAGAGCGGCCGUGUCGUCCAAACAAGUGCUGAAUAUCAGG